ACAUUGAUAUUUUCUGAAAUUAGAUAGGUAGUGUUCAACGUUACAGGCGCCUCUUAGAUGGUGGUUUAACUUUCUCUGACGGCGUUUUGGUAGAAUAGGCUUCUUCCAAUAAUACGACGCUUGUUGAAAGCGUAAUGUUUAAGUGCCAUACUAGAAUAGAAAACCCGAUUAGGUUCUGUCAGACGGGUAAUUUUUCCAGGUGCUGAAAAAAAGAUAAAUGGUUUUAAUCGGAAUAGUCGUGCUGGAGGGAUGCCGAAUAUUGGACGCUUAGGGAAAAAGUGUCCCGCUCCAUGAAUCAGUAGGCAGUUUACCUUUUGAUGCCGUGCUGAUAGGGAGAUAAGCCUUAUCGGGGAGGUACUUCAAGCAGGAUUUAGCGCACGACCAGAGUGAUCGUGAUUUGCCUGUGAAAUUCCCGAAUGACAGAUAAUUAGUGUCGGGUUUGACCAGGAGGGCACAGCCAAGUCGGUAUGGAAGAGUGAGAUCUUACUUCACGCCUGCCGCCGUGAACGGACAUGUAAAUGAAGGGAAAUGCAUAUGCUUUUCCUGCUAUGCAUGAGCACAUAUCUUGCCAUCGACCUGACGGGGGCCUAUGCCGCCGGCGAGGAGCACGACGAGUUUGGGAUAAUUCUCGAUGGAGGAAGUUCCGGUACAAAACUCAAAAUAUACAAGUGGACACGCACCGAUGCAGACGACAGUUCUGGAUUACCUAUAAGUGAACUGCAGCUGGUGGAAAAACUUAAAUUUACGCCAGGAAUUAGUUCAAAGGCCUUUAAACUGGAUGAAAUACCGGACUACUUGGGGCCAAUUCUACUUACAGCUACCAGCAUUGUUCCUGCGGAGAAGCACGCGACGACGCCCAUUUAUUUCAUGGCAACAGCAGGUCUGCGCGUGCUUCCUGUGAACGCGACCGAGGGCCUGCUGGAGGCCGUGGAGCGCAAUCUUCAGGACAAAAAAUGUAACCCGUUCCUGGUGGCGGCCCGGGGAGCCGCCCGCGUCAUUUCAGGUGAAGAGGAGGGUGUGUACGCCUGGAUGGCCGCCAACUACCUCAGGGGAUUCUUCUCCACAGACAGGUCAGGUCAGGCGGUGGAACCUGUGGGCGUGCUGGAGAUGGGCGGCGGUUCUACGCAAAUCGCCUUCCUGCCAUCGCAUUCCCUGUAUGCGCACAUGUACCCCGUCCGCCUGGGAGCCGUCACCUACCGUCUGUACGCGCACAGCUACCUGCUGUACGGACAGAACUACAUCCUGCAGCGCGUCAACGACUACCUGGUAGCCAUUGCCGACCCUGCCGUCGACGACGUCCCAAACCCCUGCAUGCUCUCUGGUGAUAAUACAACCCACACGGCCUUCGGCGAUUCCGUCCAUAUCUAUGGAUCUGCCAAUGUCACAAAGUGCCUUGAAAUCAUCGACAUAUUCCUCAAGUCCGCCGACGACUCCUGGUGUAACCCAAAGCCAUGCGCUAUUGGGGCCGUCUAUCAGCCGCCCGUGGCCCGCACGGACUUCUACGCCAUUUCCGCCUUCUCGUACGCACCGCGCCAUCUGCAGGCCGUCGACGACCACGGUCUCCUAGACAUACCGCUGCUGAAGGAAAACGCCAUCGCUUAUUGCGAAAAGCCUCUGUCGGUGGUGGUGUCCGAGGGACUUCCGGCGGCGUACGCGUCUCCCUACUGCAUGAUGGGCCUGUACAUCCCCGCGCUGCUGCUGGACGCGUACGGCCUCUCCCCGCAACGGAACCGCGUCUUUCUUCACUCAUACAUAAACCACCACGAGAUAGACUGGACACUGGGGGCCAUGCUGCAGCACAUCGAGGUCGCGAACGAAGGAGACUGCGAGGAAUUCACUUCCGGUGGAAACUGCCAUCACGCGGCUGUCUCAAAAUGCAGAUUCAUCGCCUUGAUGACCAUUUUAGUGGCAGUCGUGCUGGGCUCUUGACGACGGCAAAUCACUUAUAUGAAUACAUUUACAUCAGAAAACCAUGCAAUAUUGCGUUUAAAUGACAAUAUAGAUUCAACCAGUGUCUUUUGUGUUUGUAAGUGUUUGGAUGACAUUUCAGACAGGGAGUAAGUUUGUCGUGUUCACAUGUAUCUCGCUGAUCCUAGCGAUUGCUAUCAACCUUGAGAAUGGUGUAAGGUCAAGGUGACUGUAUGCAAUCAUUAUCAUGUUCAUACAAAUAUUGUCCCACUGUUAUGAAGCAUUUUAUACAUUUGUAGAUUUAUACUUUGUUUGACAAUAAAAGAAAGACUGUUGAUUGAUUGUAAGAAAUAAA